AUGUCCCUGACCAACGCCUCCCCCGUCGACGCCGCAAAGGGUGCGAAGUCGGCCUCUCACAUCCUCGCGACCCUCCCUGCCGAAGCCCGCAACGACGCGCUCACGGCCAUUCACGCCGCCCUCGCCGAAGCCAAAGAUGACAUCCUGGCCGCUAAUGCGCGAGACCUGGACCUGGCCCGCAAGGCCGCCGCCGACGGCCAUUUGAGCCAGAGUCUGGUGUCCCGCCUCGACCUGGGCAAAAAGGGCAAGUUCGAGGAUAUGCUCAAGGGAAUUUUGGAUGUGCGGGGGCUCGAGGACCCGGUUGGAAAGGUCACUCUGAGAACUAAGCUGGAUGAUGGCCUCGUCCUCGAAAGGGUCACCUGCCCCAUCGGCGUCCUUCUCAUCAUUUUCGAGGCCCGCCCCGAGGUCAUCGCCAACAUCGCCUCCCUAGCCAUCAAGUCAGGCAACGCCGCCAUCUUGAAGGGCGGCAAGGAGUCCACCGAGUCCUUCAUUGCCAUCUCCAAGGUCAUCUCCGCCGCCCUCGACCGCUCCAAGGUUCCCAACUCGGCCAUCCAGCUCGUCACCACCCGCGAUGUCAUCCCCCAGCUCCUGGCUCUCGACCAGUACAUCGACCUCGUUGUGCCCCGCGGCUCCAACGAGCUCGUUCGCUACAUCAAAGAGUCCACCAAGAUCCCCGUCCUGGGCCACGCUGACGGGCUGUGUUCCAUCUACCUCACCGACUCCGCCGACCCCGCCAUGGCCGCCGGCGUCAUCGUCGACUCCAAAACGAGCUAUCCGGCCGCCUGCAACAGCUUGGAGACCCUGCUUGUCCAAGAAUCGGCCCUCGAGUCCGUCUUCCCCUCCGCCGCCGAGGCCCUGAUCGCAAAGGGCGUCACCCUGCAUUGUGAUGCCAAGUCCAAAGCCACUCUGCAGUCCAAGAUCUCCGGAGAGGCUGCCGCCAGGGUGGUUGAAGCCAAAGAUGCCGACUACGACACCGAAUUCCUUUCCCUUGAUCUCGCCGUCAAGGUCGUUGCGUCGCUAGACGAUGCCAUUGAGCACAUCAACGCCCACGGUUCCAAGCACACCGAGGCCAUCCUCACCUCGUCGUCCGACGACGCCGAGAGGUUCAUGGCGGCCGUCGACGCGGCCGGCGUCUACUGGAAUGCCUCUACGCGCAUGGCUGACGGCAUGCGUUACGGCUUCGGUACCGAGGUUGGCAUCAGCACCAACAAGAUUCAUUCACGCGGUCCCGUCGGGCUGGAGGGUCUCAUGAUUUACAAGUACAAGAUCAGGGGCCAGGGCCAAGUGUCGCUGGCGUACGGUGAGGCCGAGGGCCAGAAGCCUUUCAAGCACGAGAAGUUGCCGUUCUGA